AUGGGGCCACUGGUCAUCAGAUACUACGAUAAACAGCACAGCAGUGGUGUAGGCUUAAUACUCAGUAGGAAACUAGGGAAGUGCAUGUUAGGCUGGAAACGACUCAGCGACAGACUUCUUUCUGCACGAUUCCAUUUAAAAUAUGCUAAACUGACUGUUGUAGUCUGCUACUCACCUACAGAAGACAAAGACGAAGAAGAAAAGGAUUCCUUUUAUGAAGAACUGCAGAGAGCCAUAGAGGAGACACCAGUUCAUGAUGUACUACUCAUACUGGGUAAUGUCAAUGCAAAAGUUGUCACCAACAAUGAAGGAAAAGAAUCCAUAAUGGGAAAAUAUGGCUGUGGUGUGAUAAACAACAAUGGUAGUAGACUAGAAGAUUUCUGCCAAGAAAAUAAGUUAAUUAUUGGAGGUAAAAUUGAGAAAGAUAAAGAAAGGGGAAAUCGGUCAACUCAAGUGGAUGUAAGCAAACUCAAAGACCCCACAGUCAUGAAAUCAUUUCAGAUAGAGGUUAAAAACCGAUUGACCAUCAUAAAAAAUAAACAAGAACUCAGUAUUGAACAAUUCAACACCACACUUGUUGAAGCAGAAAACAUUGGGGUUGAAAAGGAAGAAGAAGGAAGAAUGCCAUUGGGUAUCAUCUAA